GUUUCAUUUAAACAUAUUUCACAGGCCAAUGUGCUCUACUCCAGGUGCGACGUAAUGCCCAAGGAGGUGCCUGAGAGAUGUCGCAUCAUCCCAGAGGACCUGACCAGGAAAUUCCCUGACUGUUGUCCACGUCUCGAGUGCCCAUCAAAGUACCAGCUGUCUGAUGAAGUGAGAGACGACUACCAAGAUUUGGUCACUAACUUGGAAUUUGCAAUGAAGCGGAUGGUGGAAAACGAGAAGAUUGUAAAAGAGGAGGAAGAGGCUGAAGAAAAGGAAAUACUAAAAAAGAUUAUCAUACAAGUUAUUGUAGCUUCUUGGCUAGCAUCGGAACCUCAUAACAGGAAAUCGAUGCGAGCUUAGCAUUUUCCUAGAAACAACACUAAUAUCGU